CGCGAUGUUAUUUUGGCCGCCAUGUUCCUUUCAUAGUUGGGACACAGAUUAAGAGGAGGUUGCGUUUUGCCUGUUCCUCUCUAAAGGACUUCUUUCCUUUUGGAAAUGUCUCAACUUGAGUAUAAUUAUCUGCUUUACGAAAUUAGCGGGAAAUUAAAUUCGAACCAACUGGCAAUAUUGUUAUUCAUGUGCAGAGAGUACAUACCAAAGGGCGCCGAGGACAGUAUUCAAAAUGUCCUCAAAUUAUUCAAAGUUCUUGAAGAGCAGAGUCGUCUUGGGAUUGACAACCUUGAGAUGCUGAAAGAAAUAUUAACCAUUUUGAAGAAAACAUCGUUGCUUAAAAAAGUGAAGGAGUUUGAAGUGAAGAGAAAAGGUACGUAGUGUUAAAACGUUCACAUGAAGACGGAAGUGAGCUCAAGUUUAUCAUGCUCACACUAGUAUUAAAAGCAGUUUAAAUUUUUAGAAUUUGGGUUAGUGUUCGCUUUUGCCAUAGGCAGAUGACUUGAUGUAUAAUUGAAACACUUGCUAUCAAACGAGUUAUCUCAAUUGGCCCGCGUUUACCUUCUGACCAGAAACGCUGUGUCCGAGCAGCCAAGCUUGAAUAUUAAGAGUCGGAAAAUAUCGAGAAUCUCAAAUCAGUUCUAAAAAUUAGCAUUUUGCCUAAUACCACUCAAACAACCCUUUAGAUGAACUAUUUCAAGAAAUGAUAUUAAUAAAUCCUCAAGCGCUUCACAUUUUGAGAAAUUUGGUAAAGUUCAAAAAUUCGAUAAAAAUACAUUUUUUAUUCGCGAAAUUGCUGCAAAUUUCAACAAUUUUCAAGGAAGCAGUACAAGCGCGCAAAAGUUGCUAUUGACCACAUGCAUUUACCAGUUACGCAAAGCUUUAAGACUGCAUAAAAAUGUCUCGCAAAAUAACUUUUGUAAUAUAGUUUUUUGCUUUCAUUGUUUGCACCUUGAUUGUGUGCUGUUUUGGCGGUCGAAAUAACGCCCAACUUUAACCGCAAAAAGUCGAUUCUGGUAUGUCUCAAAUUUAAAAUAUGAUUAUACUAUAUGAAAGAGCUGUGAUUCUUCAGCUCUGUGAAUUUAAACCCUUGCGAAAAAAAAAAUUUGAAUAUAGCCCCUCGGACCACCGUAAGCGACAAGAACGUGAAAUGUAAACAAAGCGAAAAGCGUGUAAACAAAGGAGAAAAUCACACCAAAGUUAUUUCUAGCCCUACAAAGUGCGAAGAAAUGAUGGAAAUUUCGGUAUCUUAAUAGGUAUUGCUCUCUGAAAAGCUAAACAGGCGAAAUUGUCAGGCGAAAAAUAUAAAAAGAAAAAAAAAUCCUGAAAAACGAGCAACUGAGUAUCGCGUCGGUUGACCAUUUAAUUCUGCACUCGGAAGUAAAAAUGCUUCCGGCUGGUCAAGUCCAAAAGGUUUCAAGAACUCUUUUCGAAAUGCCCCAAUAAACUAUCGACAAACUAUGCCAGAUGAUAGAUUUAAAAAUGAACAUAAACAUGUACAGCAAGUCGGAAUCACGAUUACAAAUGACAUUUCUACCGCAUGUCGUGGAUUUUUACAAAGUUACCUUUCAGUGUCCAUUUCUUUUUCUCUUGAUGAAAGGCUUUCCAGCUCACCUUCAUGACAUGACUUAAAAACUAGCAAAUAACUGAAAUUUCAACAUUAUAUUACGCUGAUUUGUAAAAAAGGUUGCGGCCUAAAGUUGGUUCCUGAAAGAGACGUGUAUUAACUUGGUAUCAUGUUACGUGUAUGGUAAUUUGAAUAAACUUACCUGGGGCCCCUUCACGCAAUCUUCCACGGGGUACACGUGACACAUGCUAUCACCUUUAGUUCUGAUGGCGUGUGGAAAAAAUGUUGUGCAGCUUACAGGAGUAGUCAAAAUGCCGCAUUUCUAAUAUCCUACGCAAACAUUUUAACAUCUUACACUCCUCUAACCGUUGCAAAGACGUCUUUAAGCAACCGCCUUUUGUUGCUUACAGACGUAGCUCUAAUCUUCGUGACCUUUUAGUUAAAGCAUAACUACCCGUUAUCUCCACCAAUCAUUUUCCGCCAGGCUGCUUCCGUUGUGGACAGAAUUGUGCCACUUGUCCAUACAUUACUAACGGCCUCACAAGUUAUACCUUUUACGCUACAGGUGAAACACGCUUCAUCACUUCACACAUUACUUGUAACACUAAAAAUGUGAUCUACAUGGUUCAAUGUAACCGCUGCAAUUUACAAUAUAUAGGUGAAACUAAGCGACGUCUCAAGGACAGAUUUAACGAACACAGACGUGCAGUCGACAAAACUAACAUUAAAUCUAAACCCACUACUGUUUGUGAACACUUUCUCUCUCACUCUAACCAUUCUCAUACUGACUUGCAGUUAAUCCCACUAGAGAAAAUUCAUUCUUCACGUGACUCAGUUCGUAAGGCCAGGGAGUCACAUUUGAUAGAUAAGGCCAUGACUCUUGAACCUCAUGGCCUAAACCGCCGUGACGAAUUAUUGUACGUAAUCCAUAUCCUUAGUAUUUUUCCUUUCCAGUUUUUAUUUGUUUUUAUGUUGUACGUCAUUUCCGCCUCUCCCUUUUAUUGCGACAUUCUCCACCUAUAUAAUAGCGGAGCUCCUCGCGCGCGCGGAGCGGAGCACCAUGGGUAAGAAAAUUUGGUAAACUAUCCAUCUGAGAAAAUUUGGUUAUGACGUAGUGUACGCCCACCCGUACACACGCUUCAUGUAAGCGGAUGACAAAUGUCACAAAGGAUCUUGCACAACUUGACUAGCCUCUUAGUUAUGUAAGCCAUCCGUAUGAGUACGAUUAGAUUGACAGCUGUCAAAAUUAGGCAUCCGCUGACAUUUAUCACAUGACUAUCUCGCGGGCUCAGAUGAAAGACCAGUCGUUUUGCCCCUACAUGUAAGCGGAUAUAAUAUGUCACACUUACCAAUUCAACAUAAAAACCAAACUACGCCGGGCAAGGCUGUCAGUUGGCUGACAGUUGGCUGACAGUCGUUUAAAGAUAUAUUGGGAAGCCAAAUUAAGGUCAAUUGACAGCUGUCAAAAUGGGACAUGUGCAGACCACGAGUAGAAAACUAAUAAGGUGGGCUCAGGUUCGCUCAGGUAUGCGAUCUGGCAUUUUCCACUACAUGCCGGACGGAUAUGUCUUACUCACACUCGUAGUCUGUUAAUUCGAAUAUUCGCCAUUCUAAUGAAGGUUAAUUGACAGCUGUCAAACUAGAGUAUACGCUGACCAUCAUCACUUGAGUGUAUCGCGGGCUCAUUAGUCUAUCCAUUGAGGUCACGUAGUGUUUAAAGUUUUGCGCUGAUAUUGUAUUUGAUCACGGGCUCAGUUCGAAGUCCCAUAGAUUAGAAAAUCGAUCCAUCUUAGAAAAUUCGGUAAUCACGUGACCGUACACCGACCACCCGACCUUCCGUCCGUCAGCACCACAGGUAUACCAAUGUUUAAUCUCACACUUUCUAGCUAGUUUGGGAGCCUGCAACCUGAUAUUGUACAUCGAUAUUUUGAUUAAUUGACAGCUGUCAAAAUAAUGUUUCUGCUGACCAGUAUCGCCUGACCCUAUCGCGGGUUCAGGUAUCGACCCACUGAGUUCGAGUGUUUUUUUAACGUAUCCGCUGACAGGUUGCUACUUUUCAAUUAUCGCAGGCUCAAGUUCAAAUUUUUUUAACAAAAUAUAUGAAAUAAGUCGAGUUCAUGAGCCGCACUUUUAAAAUGUUGAUUUCGAACUGACCUCGGACGCGAAAAUUCAACCGGCUUUUACAUUUACAUGCGGGGAAGGCAAUCACUUUUGACUUUUCUCACUGUCACGCGUUGAUCACGCUCUACGUCCAAUUUUUAUGUUCUGAUUGGUCAAAAUUUGACUGGUGAGUUCAUGCGGAAAAUUUAUGCAGCGCCUGGAAACUUGCUUACUGAUAGCUGGAGCUGACAGAGUUUUGUGUCAUCUUGUGAUGUUUGAAACUGUCUUUUUCUACUUGGUGUACAAAAUGAAACACAGCUGCUAUCAAGAUUGUUCUGUAAUUCAUGGCUUGUUUGUUUAUUGCGCUUUUUGUUGACAAAUGCACCGCUUGUUGAAGUCAUUGGAAAUCCGAUUUCGGAAGGCAUCGUUUUCAAAAAUGAGCUUACUCACUUGCCCUUGCUUGAGGCGUAAGAGGGUUGAAAAUUCUUCAACACUUGAUGACCUUCAGAAGCAGCAUCUCGACUGGUAAGCCUGAGAAAUUGUUGUCUUUGAUGUGUUUUUUUUUUUCGGUUUCCUGAAGUCGAGCGUAUGGUUUAUGCGGCUUAAGUUUAUAUACGAGCAAUGAUCUAACCUACAAUAGUAUCAGGUUUAAAAAGCCUUUAGACAUUUUUUGACCGCAAAUUCAAAGAAAAUGUUCCGAAGAUUAUUUACUUGUACGAUUUUGGCUGUAAACAGAAAGCUCUGAGCGAUUUUCUGGCCUCGAGUUCAUCUUGAAAAAGAGCAAACACUGGGAAGCCGGCUUAAAACAUAAAUAAGCUUAUGCUUACCUGACUCAUGAUUUUCAAAGACACUUUACUCUCAAUACUUCUCUUCGUGAAUGAAAAUUAUUGUCUCUGUACAUGUUUCACCGAAUUAUAUUUAUUUUAUUGAUUGUUAGUAGUCCCUGUCGCAAUUUUUAUCGCUGCACCGGUUGUAUCCAGUCGAACAUAAACAUCUCAUGCAGGGAUACUCAAAACGCCGCGCGUAAAUAUCACUCGCUUUUAAAGAUUACACAUAACAAAACCGUACGCAGUUUAAUAAAUAAAGGGAAAUAAAACCUAAACAUACAAUUUAUCUAUCAUGUUGAAGCGUAAAUGGUAACUCUAUUAAUCGCACUGCAAAUUUGGUGCCUGUCAAAAGUGAGUCCUGUCCGGCUGGUCGAAAAGUGAUUUGGGGAAUUUUUUUAUCAUUUUCAUUAAAAGCCCAUAUUACCCUGUAUAUCACAUAGGACCAGAUUUUUCUUACUGAAAGUCCUGGCAUUAUAGAAUUCUCUUCAUGAAAACGUUUUAUAAUUCAAUGCUAUAAUUUGUUGUGCAAAGGAAGCGCGUUCUUUGAUCGUCGUGGAUAUUGAAUGAGUGCAAAUUCUCUUGCAAAAUUGUGAAAAACUGCAGAAUUAUAGGUUUAAAUAGGGCAGAAAAGAACAAAUUCUGUCCGAGGUCUGUAUGAUAAAAACAAGGGCCUCAUAGUACUUUUUACCUGAGACGUGAUGAGAAAACGUAUGUUUAAAAGGCUGGUUUACACGCCACCAGAUUCGUCGCCAAGAUUUACUACAGUAGUAAACUAAACUUGUCGAACACAAAAAAUCCGGCCUGAUUUUUUAUUUUGGCCUCUCCUUUAGACAGAGGAGUGUUUCUUAAAAUUAUAUUUCGGGGUUGUCCAAUUAUCCAUAGUCUCUCAAACGGAGCAAUAUUGGAGAGAGUGGUGAAUGCCACAUUACGAUGCAACAGCUAAUGCAAAUACAAUACACGAAUAGGUAGGUCUAUUUGUUUUCCAGGCCUAAUCUACUGUGAUCGAACAUGAUUGCUAUUUUUGGGUGUACAAAUAAGACUAUUUAAUAACUCGAUGUAAAAGUUGUUUCACUCUUGGACUGUCAAAUUAUUUUUCUCUAAAAUCACUUAGCCUUUGCCUCAAACGUCAAAUGAAUGUGCCCUGAUCUGUGGAUUACAAGUUUAUUGUUUGAUUUAAAUUAUGAAUUUAUUAACGGGAGCUUCGCUUUUAGCCCUGGCUAAAUCUAUAUAUUAUUGUGAUUGCUACAUAAGUUCAGUAACAUCUGUAAACCUGAAGAAGGCUGGUAUGGCCAGCCGAAAUAUUGUUAUAAAAAACAGUACACGUUGUUUUAAAUCAGCUUUGCAGUAGUCUUUGGACUUCUCGUUCUUGGUUCAUAAUGAUGAGGCCUAGGGACUAGGCAAGAGUACUCAUAGAACUGUAGAAAUUCAUUCCAAGUGGCGCUAAAAAAUUUGUAUCUGUUCGGUCAUCCUAGGGGAACUUGAGUCUUUUCGAAAUUAUGAGGGCUUGAUCGUUAUUUGCCCUGAUUCCUCUCUCUAUCACAUUUUUGAAUCCGAAAUGUUAGGUUUCCUUUUUUGUCAGAAAAAUGGCCUAACUUGGGAAGUAAAAUGUGAAAAUUAAACUUUAGAAAAUCGUAGGGAAUUUAUUAGAUAAGCUUCGAAAAUUGUGCAUGAAUGGAACAGUUAUCUAGAAGUUUCUAGACAAUAUUGCUUCCCCGAACAGAUAUUUUACAGAAAACAUUCGUUGUGUGCCCCUAAAAAUUGUAAUGGUGAUGAAUCCAGUCAGAGUUCUUUGUAAUAUGUUAAUUUCUGCCAGCGUUUUUUUUUUUUACUUGACGAUGCACAACUUUCAAUGUUUCCCAGGUUGAUAUGAUGUAUGCGUUUUUGCUGCAUCAACUGCUUUCAUGAAUUAUUGAAAGGACACAUUAUCAUAUCAGGGGAGCGAUCAAAAGGUCUAGCUGCUCAUGCCUACGUGGUCAUGCGGCUAUAUUUACACAGACUUUUCUAUAAUUUCAGCCAAGUCAGCUGGUAUAAUUUCUUCGUUAAAGCGAGCUACAGGAAGGUUAAUCGGAGGUAAGUCAGACCCACCAACUGUAGCAUCCGUUCGUCUCAGAUACGUCACCGAAAUGCAUGAUUGUGAACGCCUAGGCAGUUGCAGACCUACAGUAAACUCAGACAUAAAAGGUACCCUACUUUUCACUUUCUGAUUGAUGCAUUUCUUACAUAGAUGAUGUGUCAACAGUAAGAGAAAACAGACCUGGAGAGGUUCUUAAGAUUCCCUCAAAUGUUUUCGAGAUAUGUCAUGUUGUUCAAUAUAAAUGGAAAAUUUUCUGUUAAAGUGAAUGACUGACUCUGACAGAUCUAACUCAUCAAAUUGAACACUAAUAACAGAAAAUUAGGCAAACUUAAUAUUGACAAUCAAAUACCUUCCGUAAAUGAGGAAUGGAUAUCUUCUGACACUGUGUUUGUAAUGGUCCAGCACAUAUACUCACUUACUAACCUUUAUUUACUUUUUCUCAUAAGAGUAUAUUUUUUGACAAGCUGAAUUGGCUCCUUUCUUUAUUGGCCAACCCCACCCACAAAAAAUCCCCAAUUUCUAUUAAACUCGUGUCACCUACAACGUGUGAACACUGUAUGAACAUUAGCCCAGUGAGCUCUUCUAACGAGCUUGUCAAGGUAGGGUAAAACUCAGUAAAAUCCCACAAAUAAGAAACUGCAUUUUCCAAAGGUACCGUAAAAUUCCGAAAAUAAGCCCCUGGGCUUAUAUUUUUCAAAGGCCCUUUUUUUUGAGGGGCUUAUUUUUGGAGGGGCUUAUCUACGGAGGGAAAUUUGCGUUUCAAAAUUGAUUGGGGUAGCCUUAUAGUUGAAAGUAAAUUUACCGUUUUUGCUUUGUAUUUGAGGGCAAUUUUCCAAGUACAAGCCCCCGGGAGGCUUAUAUUUGGAGGGGCGAUUUAACGGGCGAUUUUUUACGUUACCAGUUCGGGGAGAUUAUAUUUGGAGGGGCUUAUUUUCGGAAUUUUACGGUAUUAAAACGUAACACAGAAUCCCUACAUAACUGCUAAUUAGCACAAACUGAGGUACAUUGUAACUAAUGGAAUUUAGUGGUAUCCUGUUCAGCCUAUUCCUUGGAAUAAAAUCUGCAUACAAAUAUGCAUGCACAUAGAGUUUAGAGGAAAAAAAAAGGUGCUUGUAUAGAGGGGAUUUAACUGGCAAAUUUUCACUUAAAAGGUUCUUAGUUGGCGCGUUUUAACGGUAUCUUAAGUUGUUUAUCGGAUACCUCCUCAAUAUGUUUUCACAGCGAUUAGGAUGGUAUGUAAUUUCCGUACGCUUGCUGGUGGUGUAAUAUUGGUUGGUAGUGGCCUGGCUCUGCGUAGUUGCUGCAGUUUUGAAGAAUACUGUGAUGCCUUCAAUAAGGUUGUUUUGCCUGCCUUUACCAAGCUGGUUGAGCUGAGUGAAAGCUCUCUCUGCUUUACAGUGCUAGCAGAAACACCGUCAGCUUUAAAAGAGUUAUGGAACAUUUACGACAACGAAACAUUGAAGAAUCGUCUUCAAACGUUUCUUGUAACUGAAGAAGUCAAACAACUGGCAAGUGGAGAGGAAAUUGAGGUGACAGUUUCUAUUGAUGAACAGGAGUAUAGAGAAGCUUAUCUUGAUCUCACGUUCCGACAAAAUCGAGGUAAGUUACGAUGACCUUUUUUUGCGUCUUGCCAGUAAACGCUCUGGUGGGAAGGGGAAAUUUGUUUGGUGAGCCUCUUUUUAUUUCUCAACUUAUAGUUUUGUUUAUUUGUUUCCUUAAUCUGGUUGUUGCCUAAAAGCUGUCCAGUAUCUAUGAAGACAGCAUUCUAUAAGGGUCUAUAAUUAUAAGCUCAUCCUAUAUUGUAAAUAUACCGUCGUUGUUCAUACUGCUGUCCAGGAAAUUGUGAUUUUUCCAUAGCAGACCUAGUACUCUUAGGUUGUUAGACUGCACAUGCCCAGAAGGAUAUUUCUCGCCCGUUUGUACAAGUAAGAACUGAAGAACUAGCUGUUUAGUUCUACCAGCGUAGCAAACCUUGAUCUUACCAAACGUACUUAGAUUUCCUGCCAGUGAUCGGUUCAGAUGUGAUAUAAAGGGUGCAUUAAUUGAAGAGACCGAGGUUGUGAGAAUAUAAGACACUGGUCAUUGUUGUAAUCGAUCCGUUGAAAAGGAAUUAUUAUCAAUUGCCUUAAGAUGCCUUCGUGGAGGAUUUCAUAUCUCUUAGAGGAACUUGAAUGGCCUUUCGAAUAAAUAAUGAAGUGUUUAAUGCCUGUACAUCGUAUGUCAGAUGUUAAAGGGAAAGAAGACAGUCUCUUACGCACUCAGCAACCAAUAUUUGGUUCGUAACGAACAGCUAUGCCAUUAAAAGUAUAACGGCUGCUGCGUAGAAGAUUGGAAGGAAAGGAGUUUAAGAGCAAUGGGAUAGCUUAAGUUCAAAGAAAACAGUUUUACCGUUGUCGGAUAAUUUUAUCCUUUAGAGUAUCCUCUAGUCAGCUUUGUUGUUUCUUAUAUUUUUCGCCAGCUUCUGACAAAAAAGGCCAGGAAGGUGGAAGACUUCGAAGGAACUCAGAUUCGUUUCUUUUUCUCAGCCAAAUGAGGGAUGAAGUGACUUUGAUGCAACUGCACCAGGCAGAAAAUAAAUGGAAUUUCAAGAUGCAAAUUCUUGAAAAUGAGAUUGACAAACUAAAAAUGGAGAUAGCCUUAUCGGAGGAAAAUGGUAGGAGUAUGGACAAGUGACAACAGACUUUUAGUUAUAAGAUAAGAUAGACAAAAGAUUUCCUCAAAUUCAGUAACCCCCUCUCCAUCUUUAACAGGUAAAGGGACAUGGUGUUCCCGGUGUAACAUAAGUCAUGAGAAUGUCCGUCUAGCUAGAUACAUGACUCUCUUUGGAACUUAGUCAUGAAAUCCAUGACUAAGUACUGCAAGAGAAUAUCUUUGCAACUCCCCUCGACCUGUUUCCUGUUUAGCUUAUUCAGGUGUAUACAUUAAACAGUAAACAGCAAUUAAAAAAAUACAUACAGUAAACAGCAAUUUUAAAAAUUUCUUAGUCAGAAGACAGCAAAAAGGGCGCUUGGUCAGAUUAUAACUAGACUGUACUAUCGCUCGCCAUACAUUUGCAGCGCUUAUGAUGUAGAGAAUAUUAGGACGUCGGAGUCUGAGCCAAGCAGUACUUCUGGGAAUGAAUUAGCGAUAGAGAUCUCCAAAACCAUCAUAUAUAUUAAAUUAGAUAACAGAUUACCUCAGGCUCAACGAAGCCCCCUUCACUACCCUCCCCCCCACUCCCUCUCCGACAUGUCAGAGCAAGUGAGUGUUGCAACAAAACUUCCUAUACAAAUGUCCCUUUAGCAGUGAGCAUAACAAGCUGAUGUAUGCUGUCAUCUGCCCGCGCGUAGAUAAAUCAUGUCUUUCAAACAUUGCGUCUGAAGCUUUUCUUUCGCUGAAUCAACCGUCUUAAAAUAAAUUACAAUUUUUGUUAUUCUGAAUGGUAAUUAACACUAUGGGGGAAAAAUAUAGCUGCAACUAAACUCUGAACUCUGCUUCAGAGAUGAUUAAAUUUGAGAAGAAAUGAUAGAAAGAGAAACUAAAUGUCAUGAUAGAAUGAUUUCUAAAGCAAUAUCGUUUCCUGACUAGAAAAUUUUGCGGUUUUAAAUAUAGAAAAGAAAAGAAAAACUUCAUAGAAAGCUAAACUUGAAAGGUGAAGCUGUUUUCCCCAUAUUUUCUUACGAUCGCUCAUAAGUAUAAAUAAAUUUACCAGACAAAACACCAAUGCACCUUCAAUAUACGCUGAAUAUCGCGCGAUCACAUGAUUUAUUUUUCCACCAAUGACACCGAUGACUUCCCCGGUAUAAAAUAAAUGUUUGUUUUGCAAAAAUCAAGCAGCCGUUGUUUCCUUUUGUUGGGGGUUCACUCAGUCCUCUGCAACCAAUUCAAAGAACUCUUUCAUGACUUAUUUGACGUGACAAUUGCCACUUGAGAUAGGUGUGUGUAGGUUUCUUUUUAUCGAGAAAAGCGACUCCGCUUUUGUAUAUCUCCCCAUCCGUUAACUUUCUAGAAUGUCAUAUCAUCUUUUAUCAAAGUUUUGUUGCGAAUUUAUUUUUAGCACCAGGAGUCCUGCAAGCAAAAAUUCACCAUCAAAAGACAGUGGAACCAGGAAACACGAAAUCUGGUACGUUUAACUUGACUUUUUCUUAAAUCUUUUCUAUAAUGUCAAGUUGGUAUUAAACGCCCCACUAUAAAUAAAGAAGCCCCUUAAUGACGAUAAUUUCUUCAUAAUACUAGGAAAUAGAAAAACCGAGCAAAAUCAUUCAAUUCAUUCAGUUCCUUGCUUGAUUAAGUAAGCUUUACGCCUUAUCUCAUCUCGUUCAAUGUCAAUUUCAAAGUAAGGAUAGACUAACGAUGGCAACACAAUAACCCUGAAGGAGGAUUUUGACAUAUCGAUGUUGGGAUUUGAAAGAGUGAUGUAGAUCUCUAGACGGCCUAGACGUAUCAAUUGAUGUCAGUAGUGGAUAUUGGCCAAAAGUUUAUUAGCUUGGUUGAGCUUGUUACAGUUGUGAGAAUAAACGCCUCUCUCGAUCUUUUAUACGCCCCUGCUGAACCGUCAAAAUUAAAUAGACGCUUCGGGGCGGGCGUUUAUUUGGUCAUUAACGGUACGAUCAAUUAUUACUGUUCCAUUUACCCAACUCACUAAAACCAUGCCGCCAUUUACCGUAUUUCCUCGAAUAAUAGCCGUCCCUCGAUUAAUCGCCUCCCUCGAAUAAUCGCCCCCCAUAAACGGAAAUAUUUAAAUAAUCGCCUCCCUCGAACAAUCGCCCCCACCCCCACCCCUCUCGCCAUCUUCUCUUUCUUUUGUACCUUCCCUGUCCAGUUGAAGUGGAGCCUGAUCCAGCUAAACUAAUUAGUGACAAUUCAGGCUCGGACGACGAGGAUAUUGACAUUAAAAAUUAAUUAAGGAACCAAAUUUGGAACGCUUAAAAAGCCCAUGUUCAGUUUAUCAGCCAAUCACACCAAUGACUUGCAAAAAAUUUUCCGGGAAUAAAUGCUUGUUAGCGUUAACGUCCACAAAGGCGUUGUUUGCUUUCAUUGGGCAGCUCUUGUAACAAUAAACUCCACGAACUCUUAGGUGAGCUUUAAUAUUGUUAAAAAAAUUAAUAGCAACAAGCAGUUUCCAGCUUGAGGCAAAUCCUUGAUUAAACUAAGAAAAUUUUGCACUGAGGCGAUUUCGCUUUCCUUGGGGAAAGCAACCCGCAUUACAUUAAGUACACUUCGGCAUAUAAGUGAGUCAACUUUCUAGAACCUAUCGAAAGCAGAAAGGAAACAAUAAGUUCAGUCAGUUUUGAUCGCAUCUGCAUUAUCGUCGACGCAGCGAAAACAUACCCAUGAUUUACUUAACAACUGAAAACAGGCGGCGAAGAAAUUGCCGGAUUAUAUCGUCAAACAUGAAUUUUAGUUAAGUAUUAUAAGAAAUAAGGAUAAUACCAAUCAAAUUUCUACAGUCCAAAACGUAUGCAGUACCAGGGGAUACUGAACUGUACCUGUAAAGCGAAAGAAACCGAUGAAACAGUCCGUAAACGUCUAAUGCGCUUUACCCAAUUAAAUCAGAUAUUUUACAUCACUGUAUUGUAAGGAAACGUUAACAUUUAUUAAUAAACAAUUGAAAACUUUUUUCUUGUUUACAUAGACUAAUAUAAACCCGAGACGGUCUUGGUCUUUGGGUAAAUUCAAGACAAUAAGUAAUGAGACUCUCUAUGAAUAUUUGCUACGAAAUCGAAGUCGCGACGAUCGCUAUUGAUGAAACAACGAUCUUGGAGAUUAAAGCGCCUGUCGCAUUGCAUUCCGAUUUGAAGUUUGACAAGGUUAGUCGCACGAUAAAGGCAAAGAAAUCUGGCACGCACGUUCAGGACUCAACGUUCAGGGCCGAGUUGUUCAAAGCUGGGUUAAGAUAACCCAGGGUUAGUGCGAGAUUUGAAUUCAGAUUUGAAAGCUUAGAAAGCAUUUCAGUUUUCAUUCUUUUUGUCUACGAGUUGGUGAUUGGAAGCUCUAAAAAUAAGAGAGAAAUUAUCUGAGAAAAUGCUUUUGAACGCAAGAAAAAGAAACCAGGGUUAAAUUUAACCCCGGGUUAAGCGUUAAUCGGCCUUCGAACAACUGGGCCCUGGUCUCGAACUCGCAAGUAGCGUUACCUUGCAAAACAAAUCUUGAUACGACGCAAGCGACGAUUUCGUUGGAAAACCGACCAUUUGAUGGGAAACGCGCGCCCAAGACUACGUCCACAGGUACCCACACACACAGAGGCUCAAUACAAACGUGACACGAAGUCGACGGUUUGCACUGAGAACUUUCCUGAACUCUUCCACACCCGUGAGUCUUUACAUCAGGCUUUCAAAACACAGGAGAAUGUUUAUAUAAAAUUUAUAAAUAACGUUCAGUCUUGUCAAGAAUACUAUUAAUAAAGUUUUGGCAGAUUUUCGUUGUAAACGUCAAUCCGGAUCCGUCUAACCGAAAAAUGGUCAAGAGAUGAUAAAUCUAUCUGGAUUUUGUUCUCCCCUAGACUAGCUUGAACACAAUACUUAACUAACUGAAACCAAAACCCUCUUUUUCUUACAACCGCUUGAAUAAAAUAAUUUUUACGAGACAAAACAACAUGCUCUAAAUUGUAGAACUAUAGCAACUAGCAGUUUCCAGGACAUGAAAAAAGGUUAUAUCCUUGUUUCAGUUCAGCUAUGAUAAAAUUGUAGUCGGUUUCCCUCUAGCUGAAGAAAGUGACUUGUGCUUUAGGGCACAUCGGUGUAAAUGAGCUUUCUAGACCCUCAAAACGAAGAAUCAGCGGAAUUGAGAUAUUUUACAAACAGAUUUCAAGUUUCUGAGUCUGUCAACGAAUUAUACUACAUUGACAAAACAACUAGUUUUCCUAAGCGUAAUCAGGGGUUAAUUACAAACACCAGUUCCAUCAGUCAUACCGUCGUCGCAGAAAAAAAAAUCUAUGAUUUCUCGGAAUAGGCUCUCCAGUGUUCAGCAGCGGAAAACAGAAGGAGGAAAAAUUGCACGAUUAUUACGUCAACCAUGAAUUAUAGUUUGGUAUCUUAAGAAAUAGCUAGAGCAACGCCAGUUGAAAUUCUCCACUCCAAAAAAAUUGAAGACCCAGGGGACACUGAACUGUAGCUUGAGAGUGAAAGUAACUGGCAAUACCUUCUCGUACAAGUAACUGAGUCGUUCGUGAAGUUCUGAUGCUCAAUUUGUAUGAAAGGCUAUUUUGCCGAUUUAUUUUGAUAUCUCACUCAAAUCACAAAGUUGUAAGGAAACGUUAACAUUUGAUUAAGAAGAAACUUUUUCUGUAUAAUCAAAAAAUGGUGUUGGCACAAUUCAACAGAGAUAUGAAAAAACUUCGACCAACUGGUUUGCUUUGAGAAAACAGAUUUCAUUUCAUUCAAAGCGGACUUUGAAAGCUGAAAGCCCUCUUUUUAAUAGAAUCAUUUGCUUAAAAUAAUUGUUUCCACACAAAGUGUUAAUUGUUCCAAGUACCACCAAUAGCAUGUUGGUUCUUAUCGCAUGAUCAUAUGAACAUCGACCAAUCACACCCAGAAUCAUUAGUAAAUAUUUUAGGAGAAAAAUUGCUCAGUAACAUCCUCAGAGGCGUCGUUUGCUUUCAUCGGCAGCUCAUGCGUCUGUAGCGAUUAACAGUGAUCAACUCCACGAAUUUUUAGGUGAGCUAAAAAUAGUGUUAUUAAAACCUCUGCAACUAAUAGUUUCCAACUUGAGAAAUUAUGCUCAGUGUCUCCGCUAUAGUGUGUACUCGAGGAUAACGACUCAGGCACUUUGGUAUAAAUCGUUUUCUAGACCCUCAAAACAAAGUAGCAGAAUCUAUAAUUUCGUUUGAAGCUAUUAUAGUCAGUCAAGGGUCGUAAUUUAUCCAACACCACUUUUCCUAAGCGUACUGGAUUAGAAUCAUCAGUUCCGUCAGUCAGUUUUCAGAGUUUUCAUCAUCAGAAGGAUAUAUCGUCGUCGCAAGAAACAAUGUCCACAAUUUCUCAGAGAAAUCUCUUGUUCAGCACCCAAAAACAGAAGGCAAAGACGUUUUGGUCUAAUAUCGUUAACUAUGAAUGUCCGUUCGGUGUCUUAAGAAUUGAGAGCAAUUAAUGCUAGUUGUUCAAAUUUCUACAGACAAAAAAGUUUGAUGAACUACAGGGGACAUUGAGCCGUAGCUCGAAUUAGCCGACCAUUACUUCUCGUUACUGGGUUCGUGAACCUCUAAAGCUCACUUUUAACGAAAGGCCAUAUAAUUUCGUUGAUUAAUUCAGAUAAAACUUUAUCAUUUAGGUCACAAAGAACUUUUUCCGUGUUUCCAUAGCCUGGAAUAAACACGAGAGGGUCGUUAGAUAAUUCGAGCUAGUUAUGCAAAUCCGAGAUUGCGCUGAGAACUUUCCAGAACUCUCCAAGCUCCAUGAGCUUUAAUAUGUGACUGGAGGCAAAAACAGGAACAAUUGGGUCCCAUUUUUUAUAACAACAUCGUUAGUCGUCACAAAAAUACCGCGAACGAAGUCACCUUUUUGACAUAUUUUUAAUGGUAACCUCAACAAGUCUUCAGAACAAAAUCUGCAGAUGAAAACUUUAUGUGGCGCAAAUUAUUCUUUACUAGACUAGCAAAAAAGAAACCUUUCUCAAACAAAAAACUAAUAAAUGCCUUCUACGAAACCUCUGCGGCUGUUUUGCUUAUUGAAUCCGAAGUAAACUUAACAUGCGCUACUGUUUUGAAUUCUUCGAAAUUUUUGAAAGUGUGCGACGAAGCGUUUCAUAGUUUCUACGAAUCUCAGUUUUAAACUCGUUGACUGAGGCAAAAUAAUUGAACCUUUUAAAACAAGUUUAAUGUAGAGAUUAUUGCCUAUUUGUUGUGUGAGAGCACAAGUGUCGCCAAGGAUGCGAAUACUAAACUUUUGAAAUAAACUUUUGUUAACACUACGAGAAAUUAAACGAAUCUCAGUCAAUGUUUGCUUCAACCACGUUUUCAAGUCACAGUUUCUCCGUUUUACUGAGUAGCCAAGCCUCCUUUGAAGCCAGGCCUCCUAGCUAGUUUUCAGUUCUCCGCGGAACUCCGCGACACUCCCAAGCCAGCAGAAAGUUCCUAUUUCGGAAGAAAGGAAUUUUUGCAUCUGUUCGCUUGCUCUAAGGGACUGGUCAAAAAGUAUUGGUGGGGGUGGGCCGGAGCAGAGAGGGGGUGGGUCAUGAGGUUUUGAGCCUUGUGCAAGGGGUGGGUCGAGCAAUUUUCAGCUACUCUUAGGGGGUGGGUCACCCUAUUUUUUACUAACUACUAACGAGACAGUUGACUACACUUGUUAUAUAAAACACAGCCAGCUGGAAUUAUUGCUAAAAUACUCACAAACCUGCUGUGCGAGAAAAUAUAAGGGUUGACAGGCCGCACAUCUAUACGGGCGUGGAACCCUCUGUUAACCUUUUUUUUCGGCUCUAACGAGCAUGUUCUUUAACAAUUUUCCUUUUUUUUAAGGAAAUGAUUGGUGGUUCUUUAAAAAUUUAUUGAAGUUAUAGUUAGUUUUGUAUAAGAUUCCAUUUUUUCAUUCAAGCUUUCUUUAUAGUAGACACUGAGGGCUGGUAUUGGGUCACGAAUGACAAUAUUUCUUUUUCCUCCUGGUUGCUUUGUUUUAGGAGUUUAGACUUCCUUUUGUGACUUUUAUUUCUGACAGUAGGUUUUCUAUCAAAGAUAGGGGGCACACAACGAGAAUAUAGUUCAAAACCACUUAAACAUAGCAUUGUUAAACGUAUCUUAGUAUUUAAACAGUAGAUAUAGGCGUUCUUUUAUCCCCAAAAAAUUUUUCGUCUGUUCGGAUCUCCUAGCUGAAAGUCUAGUGAUACGAAAAUUAUAGGGAUCAAAAUUUACCUUUUCGAAAAUUUCAUUCAGAAAAAACGUGACACAAGGUGAAAUGUGUGCGUUAGAAGCUUUCCGUUUGUUUAAAAUGUGUCUUUGCAUCAAGGAUAGAUUUUUCCUUGAAUCUUGUGCCUUUGUAUACAACCGUGUCUAAAAACGCAGUCUCAGUGUCAAAUGUUUUGGCCGUGAAUUCAAUAGUUGGGUGAUGUAAGCUUGCUUGUUCAAUGAAGGCUUCGAUGUCUGGUUUACUCAUGUCCCAUAGGGAAAAGAUAUCGUGUAUGUGGCAUUUCCAAACUGUUGUUCUAAAGACAGUUUUGCUUAGAAUUGUUGUUUCAAUAUAUGUCAUGAAAAUAUUGGCAAAGGAAUCAAAACUGCUGUCUUUGUGCCCAUUGCAGUUCCAUGGUCUUGUAAGUAGUGCUUUCCACUGAAGUGGAAGAAAUUUGAUUUGAGGAUUAAUCUAAGCAUUUCCGGCAAGUAAUGUGUAGGAAUGGGUUGUCUUUGUUGAAAUUUUCAUAUGCUUUGUGACAGAUAAUUUCAAUAUACCCUCGUUUUGCUUUAUAUUUGUGUCAAGACUCAUAACGUCCAUUGAAACAAGAAUGUUCGGUUUUUGACAUUCGUCUUUUCAGUGAAAGGUAUAAUUUCUGUGAUUUUGAUGUUGGUUGUAGCAGUGUAUCAACAAAUUUUAUCAAGUACAGAACAAGGUUUUAUUGGAUUAUUAAGAGGAAACCGAACGUCCAUGUUUUAACUAGGGGGUGGGUCAUGCAAUUUCCAACCUUGCUUUAGGGGUGGGUCAGUCAUUUUUGUGCCGAAGGGAGGGGGUGGGUCAUGUGGUUUUUAUCAACCACAUUUCCAAAUGCUCCGGCCCCCCCCCCAUACUUUUUGACCAGUCCCUAAUUGCUGCCGCUCGAGUGGGACGCAAAAUGUUCGAGGUAAUUUCCUCAGUUUCUUUUAACUGUUCUCCAUCCUGCGUCAUUUCAAUUUCUCGACCACUAUGACAUUCUAAUGGGUAGGGUAGAUCUAAGGGUCUGUUGAGUACUUUCUUGGUUGGAAGAAGAACUUUGGCUGCCCGGAUCUUUCCGUCAUUGCUUGAAAUCAGCUCAGUAACUUUUGCCAUUUUCCAGACCUGACGUGAUAAAUCUUCCUUUAAAAGCACUAUACUGCCUACCUUAGGCUCUUCUGCUGCUUGAAUUCGAGGACCCUUUACAUGUGUUUGGCGUCUUCCUCGGAGGUUAAGUAAGUAAUCAUCUUUCCAGACUUUCCAAAGUGAAUUCAGGUGUUGCUGACCUUUACCCCAAAUCUCUACUAAUUUAUCGGUUGAGCUCUUCUUUCCAUAAUCUGGAUCAUGGGGGCCAUGGAUCUCGAUUACCGGAAUCCCUGACUUGGGAUUGAGGCCUAAGAAGUCUGCUGGAGUAAGCGAAAAUCCAGAACCGAAGUCCUCACCGACGUAAACAAGUGGGCGAGAAUUAAUAACAGCCUCUGUCUCUGCUAGAAAGGUUUCAAGCUUCUUCUCGGUCAGGCAGAUUUUGCCAAUUGAUUUCUUGAGAGCUCCCUUAAUAGUGCCAACUAGUCUCUCAUAAAAACCACCCAUCCAAGGGGCCAGUUCCACUAUCAAGUUCCAUUCAAUUCCUUGGUUGGCAGUGUAACUUUGCACCUCGUGGUGUGAAAUUGUUUCCUUCCAGGCUUUAUCAAUGGCAGUUUUCGCGAGCUUAAAUUGUGGGGCGUUAUCUAGUAUAAUCUGUGCAGGUUUUCCUCUUCUUGCUAUAAAACGUCUGAGUGCAAGCAGGAACUGCUCAGCAGUCAUAUCCUUUACCAGUUCCAAAUGGAUGGCUCUGACAGUGACGCAGGUAAAGAGACAUACCCAAACCUUUUCUUUCGAACUUUCACCUUGAAUAUAAAGAGGGCCAAAAUAAUCUAAACCAGUAUAGGUGAAUGGGGCAGAUUGUGCUACUUUCUUCCUGGGCCAUGGAGACAUUGAUGGAAGUCUGAAGGGUCCACCUUGAAAUCUCUUACAGAUACCACAGUCAUGAAUUGCAUUCUUUACUUCAGCUCUUCCCUAAGGAAUCCAAUAUUCAUUUAUGAGUUGAGCUAAGGUAUGAGAAACACCGGAAUGAAAGAGCUUCUGGUGGUAUUCCUUAAUGAGUAGUGACGUGAAGUGGCUCCUUUUGGGAAGAAGUAUUGGAUAUACUGCAUCAGGAGAUAGUUCAGCAUGAAUCAUUGUUCCAUGGCAAUGAAGUAGUCCAUCUUCAUGAAGUUGAAUGCCAAGUUGAUUUUUGUAAUCCUUCUUGUUCACAGUUCCAUUUGUGCUGUUAAAUGCUUCGGGGAAGUAAGUAUUCUGGAUGGACUUGAUCCAUAGAGUUUUUGCUUCCUUAAUUUCGAUAGCUUCUAGCUCUCCAGUUUGGGUUUUCUGUUUUCUAGCUUUCUCAACAAAUCUUAAUAGCCAUGCUGUAAUUCGAAGAAGCCGAAGAAGGGGAGAAUAUUUCUUUUCAUCCAUUCUGAUGGGGUUGACAAAGGAUGCUGACUUAUUUUUAAGCGCCUUGAACAUAGGAUAAGAGCGCUAUAAAAAUAAAGUUAUUAUUAUUAUUUGCUUUCAACCUUCCCUUCAUUGAUGUUUUCUCCAGCCAAGUUGGAAGUUUCAUAGAAGGUUUUCGGGCCCUUUGUUUCACUUUCAGUCUUCUCCAAUGUUUCUUUAGUAAUCAUUGGGAUAUCCCAAGUUGGCCAUGUUUUCUCACUGUCCUGAAGCCAUUUCGGUCCAUGCCACCAAAGUUCACUUUUGUCCAGAUCUUGUGCAGAGACUCCUCUUGUUGCUAAAUCCGCAGGAUUUUGACUGGUUUCGACGUAACGGAAACUUAUGUCCUUUGUUUCAUUGAUCUCCUUGAGUCGAUUCUGAACGAAAGUUGUUAGUAGCUUCUUGCUCAUGAUCCAAUGAAGAACACACUGAUUGUCUGUCCAAAGGAAUUUCUUUUCCAUAGGGAGUUGACGUUGCUCUUGUACAAAGUUGAGCAUGCGAACACCAAUAAGCACUGCUAGAAGCUCCAGUCGAGGUGUUCCUAAUUUCUUUAUGGGAGCUACUCAGCUACUCUUGCUUUGGAGAAGAGCAAAUUAACACCAGCAUCAGAGCUCAAGUAGAUAACAGAGGCAUAAGCCUUGGUUGAGGCAUCACAAAAGCACAGCAACUGACAGUUUGAGUUUCCGAUGAAUCGAGGAAUGGUUACCAUGGAGAUACAUUCCAUCUCUUUCUGUAGUUUCAUCCAAUUAUGAAGCAUCUCUUCAUCUAGUUUCUCAUCCCAUUCUUUCUUUGAGGCCCAUAAAUCUUGAAGGAAGAGUUUUCCCUGAAGAGUUGUAGGAGUAAAAAAUCCCAGUGGAUCAAAAACUGUAGCGAUGGAUUUAAGCACUUCUCUUUUCGAGGAACAUUCUGUUGGUUUUGAACCUUUGACUAUUAGGUGAUCUUUAAUAGUGUUCCAGCGUAUUCCAAGUACUUUCAUUAUGGUUUCCUUUACUCUAUCCUGCUCUGGAAUUUACUUAAGAAAUUCUUUCGAGUUCGACCCCCAUUCUCUCAGAUUCAUGGAUGAUUCUUGAAAUACUUCUUUUGAUUCUGAAUAAAACUCUCUUGCUUCUUUACUUGAAUUGACUCCAGUCAAAAGAUUGUCCACAUACAUGUGUUUCAUAAUCUUGUUUGCAGUAGGAGUUCCAACUUGUUCUAAGUGAUGGAGAAUAGUGGCACCAAGCAGAAAAGGACUUGAGAUAACUCCAAAUGGGACCCUCGUAAAGCGAUAAAUUUGCAGAUUGUCCUUGGACAGUGGCUUAGUAGGAUCUUUAAGCCACAGGAACCUAGUGACAUCUCGAUCUGCAGGUUGGAGACCUACUUGAAGAAAGGCCUUUUCAAAAUCUGCUGUCAGUGCUACUUUGUAAAUCCUGAAUCGUAGUAAAAGCCCACAAAGAUCUUCUAAGAUGACAGGACCACGGUACAAACACUCAUUAAGACUCUUGCAUCCUUUUUUGGCUUUUGCUGAUGCAUCAUAGACAAUUCUAACUUUGGUUGUUUUUCGAUCAGGGGUGAUGACAGCGUGGUGGGAACGUAAUGCUUUUUACAUCCUUCUUCAGUUCUAUCAUUCACUUCCUCAAUCAUUUCUUUUUUGAUUUGAUCUUUGAUGAUGCUGUCAUACCUUUGAAUUAAUUCUGGAUUUCCUUGAAUUCGUUUCAGUAGAGAGUUAAGCCUACCAACAGCCAACUGGUAGUUGUCUGGGAGCUGAGGGUUUUCUUCUUUCCAUGGCCAAGUAACUUCGUAUCGCCCAUUUGUCUUCCUAACAGUGUCGUGGAAGUUUUGAAUGGCUAGAUCAUCAUCACAAUCGUUGAUUGGCUCCUUGAUUCCAAUAGUUUCCAAUUUCCAAAACUCGUCUAAGUUUGGAUUCACAAAGUCAUUUAUGUUCUCCAAAGGAGCAACGAAGGAUUGCAGAUAUUGCUGACUGGAAUUUCCAGUCGUAAGGAACAUUGAAACUUCCGCUGCUUUCUUUUCUUCAGUUGGCAGUCUACCAGAGAGGAUCCAACCCAAAUGAGAUCCAAGCAAGUAGAGUCCAGGAAUCACCUUUUUCUCUCUCUGGCAAAAUCAAAUCACUGUAGUAAUCAUUUCCAAUCAACAAUUCCACAUUUGACAUCUCCAGUUCAUUUGGGAGGGUGUUAGGAAGCUGAUACUCCUUUGCAAGGAAUUCAAACUGCUUAAAAUUAAUAGGAGCCCUUUGAAUCAUCCCAGUGAUCUUUGGAACAACUUUUGCUUGAAUGUCCACUGUCUGUCCAUUCUUUAAUUUCAAACCAAACUCAACCACUGGAGUCUUAAAUUCCUUGGGCUUUGUGGAACCAAAUGUGAAGACAGUCAAGAUUUCAAUAUUGCUGCGCAUCAGUUGGAGUUUAUUCACUAAAUCAUCACUUAUGUAGGUUCUCUGGCUUCCACAAUCUAGCAAGAGUCGAGUAGACUGUUUCUUUGAAGUCUUGAGGUUCACAGUAUCUGCCAGUGCCGUCUGCAUCAGUACUUGCUCGCCGGAAACCAGUAGUGAACUUUCAGUUUCCGGUGCCAUUUGGGGGUCAAUAAACAUAGUCAAAGUUUCAUUUUCUUCACUAGAAGAAAACCUUUUAGGACAAGGACUCCUGUGAUGAUUUCCAGCUUUAUGGCAAUGAAAACAUGGCUUGUUUACUUUGCAGUCUUUCAGUAGAUGAUUUGGCUUCAAGCAAAUAAAGCAGUUUUCUUUGAUUUUUGCCUUUCUUGACUCUACCGUUGGAAACGUUUUACACUGGUCACUCCAGUGAUCCUUUCUGUGACAGUAAAAGCAGCCCAUUGUUUGACCAUCAUUAGCAGACUCUUCAUUUCCAGAAAGUAAGGCACCCGUGGUGGUGAUCCCAGCCCAUCCUGAAGGCAACGGUUUCUGUUUUUGAGACUUCACUGUGGUAUCUUGACUUUCGGGGCUCUGAAUCAAUUGUGUUUGACGUUCUCCAACCUCUUGAGCACAAAUAUACCGCUUUAAAGCUUUUCGGAUACUUUCCACUGUCCACUUCUCCUCCAUGUCCUUGUACUCUUCCAUUCGGGAUAUCACUGUCUUUGGCAGCUUUGACUUAAUGAGGAAAACAAAAUGUGGCUGGUCCACAUUUUCACCAAGGACUUUAAGAGAACGAAGAUGCUUCUCAAUCAUGUCGUAAGUUUCACGAAGUUUGGCAGUGUUAAUUAAAGAGACAGGAAGAUCCAUUAACACCGAGUAGUGAGCAUCCAUUAUGAGUUCAUCUCUUCCAAAUCUCUCUUGGAGUAAAUUUACCGCUACUUCGUAGUUGUUGUUAGUUAGUUCCAGUCCAGAGAUAACUACACUUGCAUCUCCUUCUAAUUCAGCUCUUAAAUAGUUGAAUUUGUCCACAGGCUGAAGGUUUGGAUUCUUGUGAAUGGAGGCUUCAAAAGUGUCCCAAAAUUCUUGCCACUUCAAAAUAUUUGCAUUGAAUUUUUGAAGUUCCAGUUUGGGAAGCUUGAUAGUGGGAGUGUGACGAGUAAUUGGAACACCAAACUGUUUUUCCAAUUCAAGACGUUUUUGUUCCAUUUCUGCUUUCAUCUUAAGUUCUAUAUCUGCAGUUGUUCUUUUGAGCUCCAUUUCCUUUUCAGCUUGAGCCAACUUCCUUUUAGUUUCCAGGUCCACCUCCAAUUUCUUUAGUUCAUGUUCACCCUGUUUGUCUAUUUCAUUCUGCUUCAAAAUUUUCAAUUCCAACUUCAUCUUUUCCAUUUGAAUCUCUUUCUCUUGAUUAAGUUUUGCAAGGUGAAGGUCCUUUUCUUGUUGAAGUUUUUCCAUUUGAAGUUCUCUUUCAUGAGCUCUUUCCCUCUGUUUUUCUUCCUUUUCAGUUGUCUCUUGUUUUCGUUUAGCAAUAUUUAUCAGAAGUGUUUUAAGAUCGCAAAUAGCCUCGUCUCCAUCAAGCUUGAGAAUAUUGAACUCCUCCAUUUCAUUUUCCAGUCGCUGGCUUUUAGCUUCGUCUUCCUUGGAUGAUUCUUGUAGCUGUUCCAGUAAAUCUUUAAUAGAUUUGAGGUUUCCUUCCAACUUGAAGAGUAGUUGAUUGGCUUUGUUCUCACUUUCAUCCAGAGUAACAUUGUGUUGGAGGAAGGCUUGAGUUUGUUUAAUUCGAUCCUUCAGUCGCUUCUUCGCCGGACCUAAACGCUGACGAAUACAUCCGCUCAUGUUCCACGUACAAACGGUUUACAACCUCGCUCUGCUACCACAUGUCGCCAAGGAUGCGAAUACUAAACUUUUGAAAUAAACUUUUGUUAACACUACAAGAAAUUAAACGAAUCUCAGUCAACCACGUUUUCAAGUCACAGUUUCUCCCUUUUACUGAGUAGCCAAGCCUCCUUUGAAGCCAGGCCUCCUAGCUAGUUUUCAGUUCUCCGCGGAACUCCGGGACAACAAGUCGUAAAACUCAAAAGUAGAAAGAGAGUAAGGUGAAAUUGAUAAUGAUCACUGAAAAAGGGUUUUAAAGCGAUACCGUAACUGAUCUGAACACUUGUCCAGUUUCUAAGGGGAAUUGAAACUGAAAAUGAAAUAAAAUUAAUAAUGUGAGUGAAAUAUAUGAAUUUCAAUAUUCUCCCAUUAAUAGAAAUAUUUUACCGCUCGAAAAAUAUUGAUUUCCUCUGUUAAGCUGAAUUUGAAAGCUAUAUAAGAAACCCCCUUUUCUUAUAAUCGCUUAACACAAAGAAAAGCAAAAGUAGACAAAAAAUCAAUUUCCCAAUUACCAGUCCUAUAGAAGGCUAAAGCGUGCAUGUCUAUCACAUGAUUAUUCACCAAUCACUGCACACCCAAUGACAUUCCAACAUUUUUGGAGAAAGAGUGCCUCCUAACAUUUACUAAGGCGUUGUUUCCUUUCAUUGCCAGCUGAUGUGUUUGUAACAUUCAACUCCACGAACUCUUGGGUGAGCUAUAAAAGUAGUCUGCUAUGUUGUUUUUACGCCGUUUUGGUGCGUUCCCUUUAUUAAUAUGCAUAUGGGUCGAGUCCAUGACGUCACCCAUCGUUAAAACUUAGGGGGAAAGUGCGUUCCUCCAUAUAUAAUGAAGUGGAUAGGUUCACUAAUGACCUUCUCUCUACUACCAUAGACACAAUAGGCUUGCCUCGGCUUUCCCGUUAAGUAACUUGAGCCCGGUUUUCAGACCGUCUAUUAAAAGGAAAAUAGGAACUAGUAAUAGUUGGCACUACAGCUGCCUCCGUUCUUUGUAUUGUCGGUCAAUAGUAUUCUUGCUGGUUGUGUAGCUCUUUGAAAUAUACCGAUUCAUAAUGAAGAUUUUUACACAUAUUCCAUACAAUAGGUGAGAUAAAUACAGGAAACGCAAGGUUUCAUGCACAGUUUUAGCUCGAUUUACACAGCUUUGAUCAAAACAUUCUCAGUUUCGAGAAUAGUCUAUUCUAAACCAUGCGAAAAGAUUUAAUUAGAAGUUGAAUUUUUCGCUACUUCUCUUUCACUUUUUACAUUCAGUUCAUUUUAUUUGCCGGAAAGUAAGCCUUAGAAGUUAAAAGGACGUUUGAUCGAUUCACGCUCGCGCAUUCUAGUCUUAUUUGAAGUAACGCAAGAACAUCUGUGAGCAGGGAAAAAGUCAGCACAGAAUUUGAUUGUCGGCGAAUUCAUGUAAUUGUCCAUCAAUCUGCUAGUGAUAAGCUAGCCGUUGUUCACUCGUCUUCCUUGUUUGGGGCUGAGUCUUAUUCCGGUCAAAGAGAGAGAAAGAGUGUCUGGCAAGGUUUCCAAUAUAAAUCAAAGAUUUGUGAACUCAUGUCUGGCAAACCUCCAAGUGUUUAUAUAUACACAGUUAAACACACCUUAUGACCUCAUCUGCGCUUAACGAGUGUCUUUUGGUCCAUAACUUUCAAAACAACUGCUCCACAGAAUGUCACUGCAUAACGCAAAAGAGUAUCGAAGUAUGACUGCACAAUAAAUGUCACAAAAUCUACCUGAGCGGUCCCUUCGGAAUUUUGUCUUUACGUCAUCCUAACCAUUUCGUACUUGCGGGCGCCAACAAUAGAAACGUCAUCAUUACCUACCGAUUCCUCGUGGCCCCUGUUCGAGCAAAUCGAGAUUUUUUCUAGUAUAGCGACUGUAUAUUUGAACUGUAAGUACUGUCCUCAAUAUACGGGCGAGUUAAUAGGGUGCCUCCUAGGGGUUUCGCCUCUGGGCGAAAUCCCUGCGGGGGAAAUAAGAGAAGCGAUCACCUAGCAACGCGAGAAACGGCUUCCUAUAUCUUUAUUUGCUGUCAGUUUGAGUGGCGAGAAGCUCAAUUCCAAAAAGGAUACAGUGUAUCGAGUUCUUUAUUCUUCCUAUUUUUCUUCGGUUAUUGAAGAGUUGGCAAACUCAUAACUCAUUUUCCUGUUCUCAACUCGCCGUCACUUUGAUCUGUAAGUCCAUAAUCACACUUAAAAUUAAAGUGUAAUGUUACAAAGGAAAAUUUGUAAUAUUACAAUUUUUAACGAGUAAAGCGUUACACAGAAUUUUCAGUGUUGUGUUACGCUUUAUGUCGGGUAAUUUUACGCAAACUUUAGUGUAAAAGAGGUGGUACUCUUAACAUGAUAAUAUUACACAGUUAAAGGUAUACUUUUACAAUUUUUUCUAUUGUAACAUUACACGCAGGGUACGGUGUACAUUUUACCCGUUUUUACAGCGUAAAUGUAUACCAUAGUAAAGGUAAUUUUACACUAAUAAACUUAUAGAAUUAAACACACCUAUUGGUGUUAGAGUAUACUAAUAACACAGAGUAAUAUUACACUAUUUGUAGUGUUGUGUUACUCGUUUUUCGGGUACUUUAACACCAACUAAAAGUGUUAAAAUUGAAGUGUAUUGUUACAAAAGAAAAAUUAUAAAGUUACACUUUUUAUGGUGUAAAACACUACACAGAAAUUAUGGCGUGGUGAUACUCGUUAUUUUGAGUAUUUUUACACCACGUUUAGGCUGAAACAAAAGGUAUUUUUAACAUUUACUUAUAGGGUAAAUGUAUACGGCAGCGGGGGUAAUUAUGCACUCACAUGUGCACUUAUACGUUUAUAGAAUAAAACACCCACUCUCUUUUUUUAAAAAAAAGAUAUCGAAACAAGAAAAUCUUCAUCGCGUGAAUAAGUUAUCUGAGCCGCUAGUUGUACAUGUAACAGGAAUAUACUUCAGCUGCAGUCUAAGGUCUCAUUUCAGAUAUAUCGUACGAAAUUCACGCAACUGCAUUUGUAUACAUGUGUAAAUUGCAAGGUGUAUAAGCUAAAUUAAUGAAAUGACCUAAACCGCUAACGAUGCAUCACUCCAUUGACAGGACUGUCAUUUGUGCGGGUUUCUAUCUUUCCUGAGAAAUGUAACACUAUGUUUCUUUCUUCUUCUUCUUCUUCUUCUUCUUCUUUUUUUUUUUUCUUCAUUGUCCAUUGUCUUCGUACUUAGAUCGAUUCAAUUCAGACCAUGUUCCGAAGCAGUUCCUUUUCCGCGUGUUCUCGAAGAGGAAAUUUACAGCAACAUAAAUUACGUGACUGAGUCAAAAGCCGCAGCAGAUCCAAAGAUCACGUAUCAUUAGUCAGUCACCAGGAGCUUAAGUGACAGGGCGCGAAUUUUCGUGCAAUCAGGAUCGAUGAUGUUGCCGAUAAAGACACUUGAAUACCGUUUGUAUUCAUCUUUUGUUCCAACCGUCCUCCACGAAGGUUGUACUAACAUUAAGCGCCGUAAAUUUGAAGAUUUUAACUCAAAGUCUUCAUUGAUUUCAAGUUAACAAGGAUGUAGGGCCGAUUGUUAGAGCAAAGGAUGAUGGAGGCUCCAAAUGACUGCUAAGAAGAGAGCAAAAACCAUGCAUUCAAACAUGUUCAAAGAUUACGACGGCGCAUUUCGCAUUUCGAGGUGAGUAUACUUUCCGUAAUUUCUGAGUUUUAUGUUAAAACUAUAGUCUGGCCCUAGAUUUCUUGAGGCUUUUGAAGUAUUGUUUUACCGUACUGCAACACCUUGAGCGGUUUUCCUACUGUGGGAGAGCGCGAUGCGAAAUGAAAAGCGCAUAUGUUUGGUGUUUAGCUUUGAAAUCUCGAAAUUAAGAUAACCUCGCUAUUUCGCCUCAAAUUUUUGUUUAGGCUUGUUAGGAGAAUAGCCUGAGAGGAGACAGAUAUAUACGACUAACAUUAGAAAUAUAAAUACUGGAUAUAAGCUGACUGAAAUGUUUUGUGAAUAUUGCCGUUGGUUGUUCGUUUGCUUUUAACCGCCAAAAGGUCGCGUGACAUGACGUCAACAGCGAAGACUGCAUUGUAUCACCUUGUUGUUUUUGCAGACACAAAUUGAAGCUUAAAUAUUUAUAGCGAAUAUAAUUACUUUUAAUUCGAGUGGUUUUGCUCUUUGCAAACAAUAGACGUGUAUUACAAGCGUACCACCUGAACUCGGGGGAUCGUGAUGUCACGCGCAACAUUUGAUUCCAUACAUUUACUAUUCAAAUGAUCGGUACAAAUGCUUCAUAAAACACAGAAUUUUGCACCUUUUGAUCCCAAAUGUUGAUAUAAUGUAAGUUAUCUUUAUUUAUUUUUCUUACAUUAUACCUAGUGGCUAUUCGUACCGGACCCGUACAUCGACUUGUAUUUGCUAUUCAUACGGGAUUCUGAGUAAAUUGAUUGGGGCACUAACAAGGGUUAAGCAAUGAAAAUAGUGAUUAGGGCUAAGCACUGACCAUGCUGAUUAGGGUUAAGCACUGACUCGAAACGGUUAGCUUCUAUUUAGGGUUAUGGUUGUUGCUAUAUGAAUGAAAAUGAAACUCCAUCUAGCAGAGAGUAUCCCGUGGUAGAGUGGUCAGGCCACAUACUAAAUUCUACGUCCUGGGAUCGGUUCUCAAUCCAUAUCGUACCCCAUCGAAUUUGUUUUUCCUUUUAGAAUUUGCCACUGAAUUUUUUUUCCCUAAAAAUUGAACGUUUGUUGAAAAGACUUACACUUUCAUGGAAAUUUAAUGACCAGAAAUUUCAAGAGACUUAGAAAUUUCAUAUAAAUUUCAAGAAGACACUUGAUCCCGUAUGAAUAGCAAAUACACUUUGGUGUACGGGUCACGCACGAAUAGCCACUGGGUACAUUAUAUCAACAUUUGGGAUCAAAAGGUGCAAAAUUCUGUGUUUUAUGAAGCAUUUCUACCGAUCACUUGAAUCAAGCCGAGUGCGGGCGUUACAAAAUACAGUAAAUAUACGGGAUCACAUGUUGCGCGUGACAUCACGAUCCCUCGAACAGUUCGGAUGGUCUACCUGUGGUAAUACGUAGAAAAAAGUGUACACUUUUCAAAUAUGAACAGAAGUAUCAAUGAUAUGUAGAAUAGAGAUAAAUCCAAACCAGAAAAAUAUAUUAAGCUUGUCCAAUUUUUAUAUGUGAUUUCGCAUACAAAAACGUGUAAUUGCACGAGACUUAAAAAGGCUUAAUAUCAUUUUCAUUACUUUACCUGUGGUUUGUUUUCAUCAUGGCCCUGGUCCACCGGCCAGGUGGUUAUGUGAGGUGGUCAUGCCAGCCUUUGACUAACGACUCAGUCAGGUGGUUUUGCCCGCUUGUUUCCAGGGGACUCAUGGAUUGGAAUAAAACGUGUUUUUCGAGUAAUUUGGUGAUCAGAUAUCUGAAUUGAAUCUGAAGCUUUCGUUUCAAUACCAAGUCAUAAAGUCGUAUAGCUGUGUUUUGUUUUCAUCCUGGCCCUGGUCCACCGGCCAGGCAGUUAUGUAAGGUGGUUAUGCCCGCCUUUGACUAACGACUCAGUCAGGUGGUUUUGCCCGCCUGUUACUGGGGGUCUUGGACUGGACUAAAACAUGUUUUUUGAGUAAUUUUGUGAUCGGAUAUCUGAAUUGUAUAGUAAAGCGUUCGUUUUGAUACCAAGUUAUAAAAUCUUAUAGUGUGUUUUGUUUUCAUCAUGGCCCUGGCCCUCCGGCCAGGCAGUUAUGUAAGGUGGUUAUGCCCGCCUUUGACUAAUGACUCAGUCAGGUGGUUUUGCCCGCCUGUUACUGGGGGUCAUGGAUUGGAAUAAAACAUGUUUUUUGAGUAAUUUUGUGAUCGGAUAUCUGAAUUGUAUACCAGUGAAGCUUUCGUUUCGAUACCAAGUUAUAAAGUCUUAUAGUGUGUUUUGUUUUCAUCAUGGCCCUGGUCCUCCGGCCAGGCAGUUAUGUAAGGUGGUUAUGCCCGCCUUUGACUAACGACUCAGUCAGGUGGUUUUGCCCGCCUGUUACUGGGGGUCAUGGAUUGGAAUAAAACAUGUUUUUUGAGUAAUUUUGUGAUCGGGUAUCUGAGUUGUAUACCAGUGAAGCUUUUGUUUCGUUACCAAGUUAUAAAGUCUUAUAGUGUGUUUUGUUUUCAUCAUGGCCCUGGUCCUCUGGCCAGGCAGUUAUGUAAGGUGGUUAUGCCCGCCUUUGACUAACGACUCAGUCAGGUGGUUUUGCCCGCCUGUUACUGGGGGUCAUGGAUUGGAAUAAAACAUGUUUUUUGAGUAAUUUUGUGAUCGGAUAUCUGAAUUGUAUACCAGUGAAGCUUUUGUUUCGUUACCAAGUUAUAAAGUCUAAUAGUGUGUUUUGUUUUCAUCAUGGCUCUGGUCCACCGGCCAGGCAGUUAUGCAAGGUGGUAAUUUUCAUGCCCUCCUUGACUUAUGACUCAGUCAGGUGGUUUGGCCCCCCUAUAGUGUUACUGGGGGUCAUGGAUGGAAUAACAAAUGUUUUGAGUUAUUUUAAUUUGUGAUUUGAUAUCUGAAUUGAAUAUCUGAAGCUGUGUUUUGUUUUGUAGAGGAGGAAAAAUGUACUUGAUUGUUAAGACUCUAGAGAAAAAACCUUUUUAUAUCUUAAACCUAAUAUGUGAUUAUUUUGUAAAUGAAAUUUAAUUUAAGUAGUUUACCUUAACCAUGUUUGUCAAGAGAGCAUUAUUGUGUUACUUCAAUUAGAAGGAACUCUAAAACACUCGGUCCAAUUUUCAACCCUCAUCACCGAUAAAAUAAAUUAAGAACACUUUAAUAUCGACUAAACCAAGUCUUGUUUUUUUUUUUUUUUCAAUUUCGUUUGUCACACAGGUUGCAGCCACAAGAGGACAAUAUCUAGAAGAAGCAAAAAAGAUGCACGGCCAUCCAUUUUUACUGUGGGAAAGGCAUUACACCAUGACUGGAAAAAUACUAAUAAUUGGAGAGGAAGAUGUCCUGCUAACUAUCUUUCCCGGGUACCACCUUGCAGCUCAAACCUUGAACCUCAUCCGGCUCAGACCUAAGCACUGAUUUGUGAUAGGACAGUACGCAUCACUCCUGCCUAAGCAGUUAGACAGUACGCACCAUGGCUUGCACACUUGACCUUUCAUUUUUACUUAUUGCUAGAAGUCUAGCUGCUUAUUCAGUGAUUAAAAAUGUGAUUUGCUAUAUUUUUCAAAUGCGUAAUUUUUUGCCUAAUACUAUAAAUUGAUGUAAUAUUACUUUUCUGUUAAUGUUUUAUUACCCCUAUGGGAAGUGCAAUUUUACACUUGACCAAGAUGUAAACCAUUCACAGUUACACUGUUUGGUGUGUAAAUGAACCUUCUGGUUGCGUGUCAAAUUACACUAUUGGACAAUGUGUAAUAAUACACACAAAAAAAAGGCUGCCGGGGCUGGCAAAGCUACUACACUAUCAUUCGGUGUAAUAUUACUCUUCUAUUAGUAUUUUAUUACACUUAUAAGAACUGCAAUUUUACACUUGACCAAAGUGUAAACCACUCACAUUACACUGAUUGGUGUGUAAAUAUAACCUCUUGUUGUGUGUUAAAUUACACUAUUAUAAAAUGUGUAAUAAUACACAGAAAAAAAAGACUGCCGGGGCUGGCAAAGCUACUACACUAUCAUUCGGUGUAAUAUUACUCUUCUAUUAGUAUUUUAUUACACUUAUAACAACUGCAAUUUUACACUUGACCAAAGUGUAAACCACUCACAUUACACUGACUGGUGUGUAAAUAUAACCUCUAGUUGUGUGUUAAAUUACACUAUUAUAAAAUGUGUAAUAAUACACAGAAAAAAAAGGCUGCCGGGGCUGGCAAAGAUUUUACACUUUUUUUUGGAGUAAUAUUACACUUUAAUUUUAAGUGUGAUUUGAUCCCAAUCCACUGCAUCAAACCUUUUUGCUCGGACGCGCUCGUCUUCAUCCGCCCUGCUCACGCCCUGGCCUAUGCUGCUGCAACGCAGAAUGACCCUUAGAACAACGCCAGACGAUCUGAUUGGCUGUUGAAAUCACCGGAAGUUAAAAGCACUAUGAUCCUCGCGCUCUUUCUCGAUCACUUCGCGAAUGAUUCGCCAUGAGAGGAGAUUUUCCUAUGUAUCCUUUGGAAGGUUUGCGGUUUCUUAACUUUAUAAUAUGAGUGAAGACCAGAAAAGUUUGGGAGCAUUCGAACUGAAACGUUGAUAAGGCUCGCGCCUUUGCACAAUUCGUGUUCAGAAAGUCUCAGUACUAAACCUCAAAGACUGAGAAAUGGCAUGAACCUGACUGGUAUAUUAAAGGAAGGUUGGUUUACAUAUCUUAUGAGUUAUAUUCAAUCCCAAUUCUCAUGCACGUCAAUAAGCUUUAUAAUAUAAUUAAAUGGAUGUCAACAAGAUUGAGAGGACACCAUUGUAGGUUAUUGUCGUUAAAUUGAGUUUUAUUUCUUCUAUUGAGAUGAUGAUUUACACAUGGCAAUGCAAGAGAGGAUAACAUGCAAAUUAUUUAGUUUUAAAGGCCUUAUAUAAAAUUGAAACAAGUGACCUGUUUUAAGACGGCACAAGGAAAACAACGACUAUAAAAUCAGUUAUUUCAAUAUUCUAUGUCAGAAACUGGUUAUCAGUGGAAACAUUUUGCAGGAUGUUCAAAAUCUUAAUCGGAGAUAACAGAAAUCGAUCAAAACAUGGGCUCGAGAUUGAAAUCAAAUUUAUAAAAAUACAAAAUACAUGUAAAAUAAGAAGAUUCUACUCAACGUUCGAUCAAGAAGAUGAAACCCUGGAAAAAAUCUUUAAAAGCUUAUUCACUCACCCGCAACUCGCAACACUUUGAACUCCAAAAAGAGGUCUACUGGCAAGGUUAAAAACACAACACAUUUAUCGACCUAAAUACUUAAACUGGGAACUUUCUAUAAAGUAAAAACUAAAAUACUCUGAAAAAGGUACACAAGAACGAAGAAGUGUGCAGUUGACCGGGAUAAAUAAAAUGGCUUCCCCUUUUCUUUCACAGCCGUAGAAAGCACGCGAGAGCUCGCGAGUCGCGCGGAACAAAUUCUGAUUGGCUGUUUCGGUAAAUGUCAAUCAAUCAAGAAAAGUGGGCGGUAGACGCGUUUCAAAGAAGAUGUUUAUCAGACUCCCUUUUCGUUUCGCCCUUCCCGCCAAAGUUUCAUUUUUUUUUUUUUUUUUUUUUAAUAAUUUUUUUUUAAGUUUCAUUUAUGAAGCGAAACGAAAAUAGAGCCUGAUCUCAGGUCAUUUACAAUCCCAAAAGAUUACUUUCCUAAGAACUCACUUAUAAUUCUUUUAAGUAUAGAGCCUCGCUUGAACGUCAGAGAUGUUAUUUAAACCGCUGCUGAAGGAAAACAUACAAAGACAGUCAGUUUUGCGUUGGGCAGUGACAAACAUACAGAAAUAAAAUUGGCUACUUGAAGUUUUGAGAUACUUUUUUUUUCUUUAUAAUAAUGUAGCUCAAAGCUUGAUAGAGCUGACUGUAUAACCGAGUAAAAACCAUUUUGGAAUGUAAGCUUAAAAUGGAUUUAUAGUACUUUAAAAAGUGGGUGUCAGUAAAACGCGGGGUCGGGGUCUAUCUUUUUUUAAAGAAUGGUGUUUUAGGGUUAGAGUUAGGGUUAGGGUUGACACUAACCCUAACCUGUGAGCGUCAAAAUUAAUGACACUGCUGUAAAGUUAUACAUGGGACGUGGUUCCACACGUAUGGUUAUGGGUGGUGGAGAAUGUUUUAAAAUUGGUUUAAAGCAUUAAAUAUAUUAAAUAUGUACAUUAUUUUGUAAGAAGCUUAGUAAGAGCUUGUUCUCACACCAGAUGCUUCUGAUAUACCAAAGGAUGGUCCUGUCACUGAAAAGCAGCCUGUUGCAAAAACACAUGCUCAUUCAGCUUCUGGAUUCUCAGGAGACCAAUGCCCAGUUGAUGAAGACAGUAAAACUGAGGAUGCAGCCAGAUUAAGUGAAGAAUCUCCCCCAGUUUGUCAUACUCCUAGCGUUUCAGGGUUCACUUUUGAAGGUAUGGAAUUACAUUGACGAGGAGCCAAACCUUUUUACGUGUUUUAAUAAACUUUUUUGGCUCAUUUAAAAAACUAACGGGGGAGUAGCGUGAGGUUUUGAAGGUGUACGCACAGAAAGAAAGGUUGGACCUCCGGAUGUACUGCAAACUAGGGGGCUCUGGGGGCAUGCUCCGCCAGAAACUUUUCAAUUUAAUUUGCUUUGCAAAUACUAUAAUUGGGCUUUAGGCACUUAUUCCAUUGAGAUAACAUGUUUUACACAAAUCUAAUUGAUCCUUGACCCUGUCACAAGUAAAUUGUUACCAAGGACCUAAAAACGGCCGUCUCAUCAUUAGUUUAGAUCUUUCAGAAAAACUUUGGCUUACACUGGACUGUUAGGCCGUAAAAAUGAUUUUUCUGUUUGUAGUCAGUACAAUUGCUUUACAUCUCUAAUGACGUAGGUCGGUUUCUUGAGUGUGUCUUCCAUUUGGCCUCAAAAAGGUUUACUUUCUUAUUCGAAAGAGCUUCUCUAGCACAUUACCAUACAGCAUAUGCCUCAGUGAACCUAGGAGGAAAAUAUUUGCUCCUUCUGAUUACACAUGAAUGAAUAAUAAACAUGUUUUACACAAAUCUAAUUGAUCCUAGACCAUAUCUUAAGUAAAUUGUUACCAAGGACUCAAAAACGGCCGUCUCAUCAUCAGUUUAGCUCUUUCAGAAAUACCUUUGGCUUACAAUGGACUAUUCAGCCGUAAAAAUGACUUUUGCUGUUCGUAGUCAGUACAAUAUAUUAUUGCUUUACAUCUAUAAUGACUUAGGUCACGUUUUUGAGUGUGACUUCAAUUUGGCCUCUAAAAAAUGUACUUUCUUCUUCGAAAGAGCUUGUGUAGCACUUUACCGUACAGCAUAUGCCUCAGUGAAAGACAUUUAAGCGAUCUAUGACGUAUUACACAUGGAUGAUCUGACUGGAUUUGCUAAAACAUUGCUAUAGAAAUCUCUCUACAUACCUUUACCGGGUCUUGUGGUGGAGCACGUUUAUUUGUUUAUUAAUUUUUUAUUAUUGUCACUUUUUAUUUAUUUCUUUUCUACCGAAUAUUUUAAUAGUGAAUACGCUGAAGUAGAUAGACUGUCAUGAGCUUCUCACUGGCCAUUAACCACCCCUGCUCCGCCCCCCAAAAAGAGCUUUUCAUAACUUCCCAUAAUACUCUCUGUAUCUCAUCGUAAAUCAGCGCGCGUAUUAGACCGAACUCCGCUCUCAUAGUGGGUUGUCUUAGAGUUUUUUGGCUGCCUUGAGCAAAGUUUUCCGGAAGGCAUCAUUAAGCCUUGUGAAAGAACAAUUCUCACGUCUGGCAAAGUCUGCUGCGUCCAAUAUCUUCUCGUAUUUCGUCUCAUUUCGGGCUACACGGGUGAAAGACUGAUCCCGGGCUUGAGACGGAAAGAUUGGAUAUUGCGAGCUUUGUUGUUGGCCUCACAAAGUAGGUUCUAGGGUUGAAAUGUGGUCGGCGAUAUGGAAAUUCAUGCUGAUUUCUGAGUCAGUCAAACCGUGACGCCCAUAUCUCAGUGUCGGCCGAAAACAGAUUAAGAAUCCACAAUCUUUGAGCACAGAAUAGGCUUCCUAAGACAAAAUCACCUAAACUAAACACUCACGAAGCCUUUUUUAUGCUUGGCACAGAGUAUUCUAGUAACACGAGCUCAACCGCACACACCUGAGAUUUGUCUGUCAACAUUUUCGGUAAAUCAUAAAUGACUUUCGCGACAAUCACAACAAUUCACAUCUCGCCGACUACAUUUCAACCCUAGUAGUCCAUCAGCUGAGAGCCGAAAAUUUGGGUUUAUGGCUCACUCGAGGGGAACAGCCAAAACAUGUCACAUAUUAAUCUUUGACUAGUAAGCAUCAGAAAAAUGCAUGAUAGCAAGGAUGAAACGGUAGCUUUCGCUUUGAAAAUCGAAAUUUAAAUUUGCCCCUUAUAAUCUCCUUAUGGCCGCCAUCUUGAAUUUCGGGGAAGGCUGAAAAGUUGCUCAUAUUCUUUUAACGUAAGCAAAUCUUGUUUAAGCGUUUAUUCUAGUGCUUAAAUUAUGACUACCUGACGUCCUAUGCUAAUCAACAUCGCCCGUUAUUGGUCUCUCAAUAAGACCGGCGGUUCGCAAUUUGUUUAAUAACUAGAAAAAAUGUAAGGUUUAGAAAAUUGUUUCAGAAAAGAGUAAGUAAAUGAAUCAUAUUUUUGCAUUGCAAGUGUAUUGUAAUAAAUAGAGUCAGGCUCUUCUUGAAAACAAUUUCUUAGUGGAGAACCUUAUCCAGUCACGCGUCCAUGACCGGAAUCAGUUUCAGAGGUUUCAACUGAAUGUGAAUUCCCCGCAAAAAUCAAAAUCAAUGUAAUAGCCGAAGAAAGUUCACCAACGAGAUAGAUUUGCGACUCGCUAAGCUUGUCCACACAGAAGUGAGUAAUGACUGACUGCCCUCCACGGCAAAAGAAAGCAGCCAGUGAAUGACUUUGUAAUGAGCCGCUUUCUUUGAUCCAGUGAAGAAAGCCAACGAAGGUGAAGGCUGUGCAUAAGAUUCGCAACAAGGAUCUAGUACUUCCUCUUGUGCUUGGAUGGCACUUCUGGGACAGUUCCGGCAAGCCGAGAACUUAAACGGCAGUUUCGAUGAAACGGCAGGCUACGGAAGUUUUAGAUCUCCUCUGGAGCUAUGUUCCAUGUGGUUGCUUGUAGUAACUAACUCCACGCAGCACGCACGUAGACGUACUGGUUGACGUGUAGCGCGAGGUGUUGAUAAAAAAAGUCAAAAGACUGAGAAUAACGUCUACCGUUGACAGUGUAUAAUAUAGGGAUUUACUGCGAUGCACUAUGCUGUGAAGUCAUGGAACGAGCUGCUAAGUGCCGACACAAAUAAGCUGAAAUCGUCAAAUUCCUUGUACCACAUGGCAAAACCGAAGCAUUUAGAAGCAGACUCGGCAACUGGAUCAUGGACUCCUUGUGUCACAACUGAAGACCAGUUGGGCGACUAGAAGCAGACACAGGAGCUGAUGCCGCUACAGUACUACAUUGGCUAGUUUGUGUGCAUACGACCCCUCACUUGAAAAAAUCGGGGAGACUCCCUUCACCACCCUCUACCAACGAAAAAAAAUUCAGCGCGCCUCCGAUUUCCUAGCAGUCAACUUCCUAGGGUUAAUACCCAGCGUUUUAAAAAUAGUGUUUUUAAUAGGCUAUUUUUCAAAUAUAGAGUAGUUGCGUGCGAGGUACGAGUUGAGUUGGGUCUUCUGUGCAUUAUUGGGUGUCCUGUGCAAUUAAUAAGGGAGGUUUUCUCGAGAUUGCAUUUGUGUCGACACACAUUUGCCUUGCUUUGGCGCGAUUGCUUUUGUUUUGCCUCACUUUGACGCGCUAACUCACGUGGUGAUUCGUGUGUCCUCCGUUUUCAUAUCUUUCAAAGUCAGGCCUUGUUCUACCUUUGCUGAGGUCUGCUAUUUGUCUAUCGUAAAGCGUACAUAUUUCAAGAAGUUUGCUGAAGGUCUACUAUCGAUCUGUGUUUAUUGAAUCUUCCAACGCGUUCAACACCCUGAGUAAAAUUUUACUUUGGAUUAAGCCUUCAUAUUUUUCAGAAUGGUUCGUCACUGUCUUUGGAAAACGUGUGCGACUCCUGGUGCAUGCAUCAAUGAAACAGGGUUGUUUAGCUCGGCGGCGGUUGUGCCACACAAAGUAAAUAUACCUAGUUGUGUAGAUCGGCGGUCGUUGUGCCAGGAAGUAAAUCUACCGAGUUGUGUAGCUUGGCGACUGUUGUGCCACACAAAGCAAAUCUACUGAGUUGUGUAGCAGCUCGGCGGCCGUUGUACCACAAAGUAAAUCUAAAGAGAUGUAAAGCUCGGCGGCGCCAUUUCAUCAUUACUUGUGAUAUUUUCGGCAUCGAACAAGCGAACAUUUUAGCUCUAUGUUAUUUAUUCGGAAAAACUUAUAAACCAGCCUACAGUAGCGCCACUCAAGUCACUGAAGUCAACACGCUCGACCAAAUUACUGAAAAAGUCAUUGGAGUGAACCGCACACAUUCCACUGAAGGCUUUGAUGAUUCCCAUGAAGCGUGCGAGAGGUGUAGUGUAAGUGGACCCGUGUUCAAACACAAUUCAUUGUGCUCCAGUAUUCACCACAAAAAGUGUGGUCUUGGGUCAGCUGUUGGGUCUUUAAUAUCAACACAAAUUAAGAAGACUUGCUAGUAACGGUUUCAUUUCAUGAAAAAAUGUCAGUAAUUGUCUACAUGUGGAAUUCCCAAUAAAUAAAAUUAAUGAUUACAGCUAAAACGUUGUCAGCUGUUUGCCUGGCCCGGGUUGUUCGAAGCUGGUGAAGAUAACCCAGGGUCAGUACGAAAUUUGUAUUCAGAUGUGAAAGCUUAAAAAGUACAUUCAGAUAAUUCAUUUUUUCAACAAGUUAAUGAUUGGAUGCUCUUAAAAAUAACAGAGAAAAUUAUCCCAAGAAAUGUUUUUGAACAAAAGAAAAAGAAACCCGAGUUAUAAGCGCUAAUCAGACCUUCGAACAACUGCGCCCUGUAGAACAUCUAUUGCACGUUCUUUAUAUUUACACGCCCGACGCUCUCUGGCCAGUGUCUCCUCACAAUUGGGACGAACCAUACCAUUUCACAAGCCUUUAAAAACUUUUCAUAAUAAGUCAAAUUUUAAAUAGAGGUUUCGCGGUACGUAAUCCUUACGUUCAAAAUAUACCAUAAUCAUUCUUAUCUAUCGCAAGAACCAUGCCCUCUUCCCCCUCAACUGCUACCUGUACGCCUAACAAACAUAUCGAACGCACUCUCCUACGCUCCGAUUACUCCUAGUCAUUUGAUGUAAUAUGGAUCUUAAUGUUAAAUUCACUGCUUCCACAUGGAAUUUAUUUUUUAUGCCUUGUAAUUCUUUCUGCCGUUUUUUAAUGUACGUGUUCUUGGUUUUUAAUAAUAAUAAUGAUAAUCAUGAUAAUCUUUAUUCAAUCGAUAAAAUACAUAUCGGAAGUUGCAAAAGUCAUAUAAAAUAAAGUUAAAUUAAAAAUUGAAAGGGACACAGUCAGCUGAUGCACAUGCGCAUUAGAUACCAUUUGUUAGCUGAUUUGCAUAUCACAAAUAUGAGACAGAAAUAUUGAGAAGCGUAUCCGGAAUACUCGAAACCACAGGGAGCCCACACAAUCUGUUUGUGUAGCCUAUUGUUAUUUUAUAGUAAAUGUACUGGAUUUACCGUUUGCCUCACCUACAGCGAUAUAUCGCAAACUCUUUUGAAUUAUUUUGAGUGUUAUUUUAUUUACGCAAAAGUGUGCAAGGCUUAUUAUAUCUGUUUGUUUUGGUUGAGAGAUUUGGAAAACGCACGUGCCGGCCGUUAAGUGAUUUUAAUACUAAGAUUUAUCUUUUGUUGAAAUCUGUCUUUUGUUCAUACUAAUUGGACGCGCUGGUAAAACAAAAGAUACGUUCCGUUGGCCUUAAUUGACUUUUACUUGACCAAACAAAACCUUUCCAGAAAAACAAAGUUUCGCCUGGAACAUACUGUUUUUAUUACUCCCCUACGUUUUCAAGAUCUUAUUUGAGUUGGCUUGCGUUUCAGUGACAGAAACCUUGUACGUCGAGAUCUCCGGAUCAAAUCAUUUAGUUAUACUUCGUCUAAUAAGUGUAGUCGGUUAGCUAUAGUUUGAGACUGGUUGUCAAGUGAACACUUUUGUUGGAUAAUCCAUUUAAUUGUACUUGUAUGCUAAUUAGUUUUAUUGCAAAACUCGUAAACAAGUUAAUAGAGGAUGUUAGCAUCGACAACGAGUACGAGUUCCAGAGCGAGAUCAGCGAUUUUGCGUACUGCGCAUCCGUUCUGCGCAUUUCCACGUUUUCAAGUCGUCCUGUCAAGUUGCACUACGACGAGUUCUCACCAAAAACUCGAAGUGGGUAGAACGACUGGGAAGAGCUGGUUUUCAACGGUAAAUUCCGAUCGUUUAAUGCAAUUUCUUUUCGUUUCUAGCCUCUCUUUAUCAUCUUGAACAUUCCUUAUAUUAUGUUUUAUGUAAAAUACUGCUUUUGAAGUCGAGGAAAAGCAACCGCACGCGAUAUUUCCUACACAGUUCUAUAAACUCGAACUCGGUGUCAUCGCUAACAUCAAGAGAGGAUAAAGGGGACAGAGAAGGCAUCCCCCAUACACACCCUGUUCCAUAGGUAAUUCGUCUCGAGUUAUUUUUAGAAUCGAGAUAUAAAGUUAUCUCGCGCACUGCGUGAAUGUUUCGUGGAGGUUCCGCAUGACUAAACGCUGUGCAAAACAUGUCGGGCGAAAGGCAAUGAAUUAGCGUAAAGAGAUCGAGAGCAUUUCUGAAUAUUGAAGCGAAAUGAGUCGGCGCUCACCUGGGAAAAGGGAAUCGCUUGACUCUUUGACAACCCGUGAAAUCAGUUUAACUCGAAGUUGUCGUAGCCUCAGUGCUUUAAUAAAAUGAGAAAUUUCGCCGGUCUAUUGAAACCGGUCGUUUGUAUAAUAAAGCAAGUAGGACGCCAAGUGUUAUUUUUGUUGAAACAUAAAAGACUAAUAAAAAAAUAAAUAUCAAUCAUAAAUUGCUCUCCUCAAACUGUAAAUUAUAAAUGAUCGUGAGAGAAUAUUCAGUGUGUUAAGAAUUUCCCAGCUGUACUGUUAGCUCUUGCUAUACAAGAAAGAAAGGGCGAUUCUUUUUUAAUUUCCGUUUCGCUGACACAGCUUUAGCAGAAAUUUCUCUUUAGUCGUUUUCGUCGACAAAACAAAUAACAAUAUCGCUCUCCGCUUCUUCUGCCAUUUUUUUCUGCGUCAAUUCGUGAAGGACGCGUGGCUCUGAGCGUGGGUCAUCCACGCGGAACACAUUCGCGCUAUGUGAUUGGCUGUUGUCUAAUCCCCCUUGGGAUCUACGGUCUUAAAAAUAACUCGAGACGAAUUACUUGUGGAAUAGGGUGUGUAUGGAGGAUGCCUUCUCUGUCCCCUUUAUCCUCUCUUGCUAACAUAGAAAGCUGAGAAAACGACUUCGAGUACGAGUACGGCUUGAAGUCGUUCUCGUACUCGUACUCGUUGUUGAUGCUAACAUCCUCUAAUAUAUUGAAAAGGCGGGACAAAUUAGUAUUGUUAAUUAUUCCUACAAAAAGACUUUAAACUACAACUUAGUAAUGUAAAAAAGUUGAUUAGUUGUACUUUUUGAAGUAACGAUAGUGUGAAUCAGCGAUUUAUAUAUAUAAAUAAUUUUGUUUCGACUGGACAUUAACUGGACUUAAGUGAAUUCUACAGUCAAAGCUGAUUUUCGGAUUGCGCCAUAACCUCGAAGGAAAAUAUGAUAAUAUUCCUUACAGCCAAUCGGGUUUUUACUGAUGUAAGACUCAUUCUCAUAUGAUUAGGAUUGGCACCUGUCAUGUCCAGUCAGGAUAAAGGGAGCUAUGACAGGCUUUUGUGAGAGAGUUAAUACAAGCUAGCGUGAGAUAAAGUUGACUUGUAACAACGCUGAAGCUUUAGAAGAAAUACAAAGUUUGCUGAACCAUCAGAGUACAUGUGUCUUUUCUGUGAAGUCAACCCGGAGCUAGUCCCCUUCAACUGGGUUCGGACUUUUCACAGUAUAUUUUGCGUUGGCUGUAGCUCAUUUCAAAGAAAUUACCAAGAUAAUGAGAUAUGAUUCUUUUUACUUAUAUGCACCAGAUUAGCAACACCGAGUAGUCAGGGGUUUAUACAGUUGGUUGCUAGUAGUUUUGACCACGAAUGAUAAUACAAAUAAUUCUAUUUCAGGAAAUGUCUUGAAUACCGAGCACCCCUUCUUGUCAUUUACUUUUUUAUAAGCAGAAAGUGCCAUGAUAACACUAGGCAAUGACAGUUUACUGAGUUUAUUGGAGUCCAAUCAGUUCACUAUGUGUCGGGUGUCAUUAAGCAUGUUUCUGUGCAUAUUCGACGUGUAUGACAAGGCCUACUCUCUUCUAAUUGCAGACGAAAAAAGCCUGGCAUCAUUGACUGGAAUCCUGCUUGACGUCUCCUGUUCCAUGGCUGGUAGCAUUGGAGAGGGUACUGAUGAAGAAGGAGGACCAUGGGCUCGCUCGAUCUUUGAAGUUAUUGACAACCUUAUCAAAUACGACAUUUCUUCUGAUCACCAUGUAUUUGCAAUAGGUUUUGGGGCUAGUUGUGGUGAGGAGGUAUUUGAUAUCAUAGGAACUCUAAACGGGAUUCCGAAUCAAGAUAAUGUUGCUGAAAGGCCUGCUACAACUGAACACAUAAACGAGAUUUUCGAUAUACUGGAGAAAGCCGGGGCACGUACAAUUCGCAAAUGGGCAGAGGAUGAAGUCGUCAGCAAAGCAUUAGCAGAUAACUUGGCUGUCGUGUUUCUGAAAAAGUUUAAAUCUGACAAGUCAUUUCUUGAAGAAUUCGUCGAAAAAAUUCUACCACCGGCUUGUCGCGACUGGCCUGAACCGGGACUGGGCGUCCAAUUAGGAGCAACAGUUGCUGCUGCUGUGUUUUGCCCGGCCGCGGCAAUACCUACAUUCUUAGCUUUAAAGUUCGGACCAGAAAUGGGGAAAUACGCGUAUUCGUCGGCGGUGACCCAAUAUAGAAGGGCUACAGUAAAGGACGUCAAGGAGGUCGUGGAAAAGGCCAAAGCCCAUUUGCUAAAAAAGGUAGAUGUUAAUUCCAUUUUCAAUGUUAAACAUGCCUCAGAUGUUGUACAUGGAUGUGUCGGUGAAGAAAAAUUAACUAAAAAAAAGAGUCUGGAAUUACUGGAGAGAAUCGAGCCCUACAUUUACGGCAGGACACCUUUUUUGCGAGCUAUUGGAGAGGCAAUGACACUUUUUCAAGACUCCAGGUUUUCAAGUCACAAAAAGCUGUUGUUCAUCUUGUCAGACGGGGAUCCAACAGAUGAGAACAUUUCUUCACGAAUAGAUCGAGUGAUCUCUAAAUUUACCGAAGCAGGUGUAACCAUAGUGAGCUGCUUUAUCACUGACUCCACGCACAUUGACCCCAAACGACUGUUCAGCAAAGAGCAACCUGACUGGGAUCAGUUCGCAAAGUUCAUGUUCUCAUUGAGCUCAAAAUUGUCAACACAAUCCCUACCACGCACAAUGUUUGUGAAACGUGAUUGGACCAUCGAUUUCACCGACAAUGAGACACGUUUGUUCUUGCAGGUCAAUCAUCCAGACCACUUGCGAGAGGGGUGCCAGGUGGCUCGAAAUGUCGUUUGUAGUCAAGACGCCUUAUCCGACAUGCUUGCAUCCGUUAAUAUAGAUUUCUACAUCAAUCAAGAAGUAAAGGACUGUAAAGCAAAAUUACAAGAAGGGGAGACGUGCGCUGCAAAUGCAGCUGCUACAGUGCUUCAUUUGUCCAUGACAAGAAUUCGUGGACGCGAAGGUGGAUGUCCAGAUUUCUGUACACUAAGAGACGAAAUUGUCAAACAAUUUGAUGUUGAAAAGUAUCCAAAGGGUGUUCCUACCAUCCAUGUGCUACAGAAAAUGUGCCCGAAGUAUCGCCUGAGGUGCAAGCGAGUCGAUUACAAGGGAGCCAUGAAAGCAGUUGCUUCAAGUCGGCCAGUGGUGGCAACAUUUAGGCUCACUGAGAAGGAGUGGGAUCGUUUUGAAGAUUUCUAUGAAAGUAACCCAAAAGGCAUUUUGACGAAGAAGGAGAUCGAUAUAAAAGCCCGUCGUCCCAAAACUCCUGACUUUGGCCAUGCAGUUGUGUUAACCAGUUUCGACAGUGAAUGUUUGCGACUGCUGAAUUCCGGGGGAGACAAAUGGGGGGACAUGGGAUUUUUUCGAGUGCAGAAGGCAGACGUUCUUGGAUUACAAUUCAUCGACGUUUUUUGGAAAGAAGAUGAUUUGAAAGAGGAAGAAAAAACGUAUUUGAAGAAAUUUGGAUCCAUCAAUGCCGGGAUAUUAAUGGAAUUGUUGCCAAGUCUUAAGGAUGCUGAAUACACGUGCCCCAUUGCCGAGUGCAGCAAGAGAUCGCCAGUGGUGGACUUUACCGGAACUUUGUCACAGGUAAAGUGUCCCAAAUGUGGCAAGGAGUUUUCUACAAACAAUGCCCAGGAAGGGAACAUUUUGGCUCUUAAUAUUUAUCUCACUUCUUUAAUCAGAUGA